UCACUAGUAUUUAGCUUAAGUUCUACGAUUUUCCAGCUUUAUAGAUCAAGUUGAGCAAUUCUGGAUAGCUGCACUGAGAUCUGUUUUAGAGCAAAUUUCUGGGUAUACGUAGUUUUUUGCCAGUUUUAUCAGAACUAGUGCAAAUUUUUAUGAACCAAGGUUUUGCAAAUGGGGAGAUCAUGUUUUCCAAGAUGUGGAUUUGCAAGAAUAAUAGCAUGGCUUCAGCUUGUUUUGGGGAUUCUUGUUAUAGUUGUAAGUAUAUCAAGUCUCUUUAGGUUCUAUUCUGCUGGAUUUUUUGUGCACAAUGAAGAUAUAUGCCGCCAUUUUUACGGUCCCAAGGAUGUUUAUCAAGGCUUCGAUAUAAACGAUCGGAUCGCGGAAGUACUAACAACGAUUGAAAACUUGCACAAGAAGUUAGAGAUGAAUCUGCAGCAGAUGGAGAAGAGCAAAACACGAUUGGAGUAUAAGAACUAUUUGGAAGUGGAAGUUCUUAGGCCAGUUUAUAGUGCUUACACUGCUCUUAAACAGCUUCGGCUACCUAAGAUUGGGAACGGUACGGUGAAAGAGGAGUCGUUGAUUGAUACAUUCACAACGGAAGAAAUCCGGAAGUAUAUAGCCCCGAAAGAAAACAGAAUUGGGAAGAUCAAUUUUUACGGAACCGAGAAGAUAUACAAUACAAUAGGGCAUGCAUGUAUUUUGAUGAAGAAGGAACUUGAAGAGUACAUGGAUUAUGAUAUAGGAUCAUAUUGUAAAGAUGACUGGAAUUUAGCUCAGAAGCUUAUGGUUAACGGUUGUGAUCCGUUGCCUCGAAGGCGGUGCUUGACGAGAGCUUCCAAGGUGUACCAGAAGCCGUAUCCCAUCAACGAGUCUCUAUGGAAGUUGCCUGAUGACCGAAAUGUAAGGUGGGGUAAUUACCAGUGCAGGAAUUUCGGUUGCUUGUCAGGCAAGAAUCCGAAACGAGGUUACACAAAGUGUAUCGGAUGUUUCGAGAUGGAAAAGGAGAAGCUUAAGUGGGUAACCAACACUUCCCUUCAAGUUGAUUUCUUGAUUAGAGAUGUUCUAGCCAUUAAACCGGGCCAGAUAAGGAUCGGUCUAGACUACGGUGUCGGCACCGGGACUUUCGCAGCAAGGAUGCGAGAAUUGAACGUAACGAUUGUUUCAACCGCUUUGAACCUCGGGGCUCCUUUCAAUGAGAUCAUUGCACUUAGGGGCCUAAUUCCUUUGUAUGCAACGUUGAACCAACGCCUUCCAUUCUUCGACAACACGAUGGACUUGAUUCACACGACUGGGUUCUUGGACGGGUGGAUCGACCUCCUGCUGAUGGAUUUCAUAAUUUUCGAUUGGGACAGGGUGCUAAGACCAGGAGGACUGUUGUGGAUAGACAGAUUCUUUUGUAAUAAAAAGGACAUGGAGGACUACACGUACAUGUUUCAGCAAUUGAGAUAUAAGAAACACAAGUGGGUUAUUGCUCCUAAAUCACAACACCAAGUUUAUCUUUCUGCUGUCUUAGAGAAACCUCCUCGAGCUAUUUGAAUCAUGUAACAAACACAAACUGAGUUACUUGCUCUUCAAUUAAAGCAUGAACUUUUAUCUUUCUUUAA